AUGAAGCUUCUGGCAAUAAACGACAAACGUUGUAUGUCUUUAGAUGCACAACAUUCACAAGAUCAACGUAUGACCAGCGCAACAUCAGAUCGAGUGAAAAAUGAUCGAGCAAACAACAACAUCAGCACCGCAAAAAAAGAUGAUCUUGGGAUAACGAGUCUGGCACAAAGUCACAUUCAAACUACGUCACCUCAGCCAGCUUAUGCUGUUAAUGCACAAUCGACAAACUUUGUAACUUCGCACAUGCUUGGACAAAGUUACGCAACGGAUAACAGCAAUUUCGGUCCAAUCUAUCAUCACCAUCAUAACUCACACCACCACACCGGACUUCCGUACUCUUAUGAAAAAUACAAAAUGCCACCGUCGCCAUCGACAAAUGUCUACCAGCAUUAUCAAGGAUUCUAUGGUCAUCAGAUCAGACAAGUCGAAUACAUCCCACGAUGA